AACAGUCACUAAAUCGGCAGAGUCCGCGGAGCCGAUCCCUGGAAUCUGUCUUCAGAUUUCUGCCCAAAACACACACAUCGGCUGCGACAUCAUGACCUCUACAAAACCUCCUUCGCCCCAGCAGCUGAGCCAGGAGGAAAUAUUAAAGAUCUUCAACAAGGUCAAAAAGAAGGAGCUGAGUAUUGAGGAGGCUUUAGAACUCUCCGGGGGAGACAGGAAACCCGAAGAUGUGAAAUCCCAAAACACGGACUCCGAGAACCCGUCCAUUGCCCAGCAGUACAACUUCACCGUCUAUAAACAUAGGUACCGGUGGCAGAAGCGCAUACUACAGAUUGAUUUUUACACACAAAUGAUUUUUAACAUCGAGAAGGGGAACCUGAAGAGGAAGUUCCCGUUCGCCCAGGUUAAGUCUUGUCACAACAACAAUGGACUGAGGUUUCUCAUUUCGUUUUACGGACACCACGAUUAUGAGCUGGAAGCGGCUUGUCUGGAAGACAAAGAAACUAUAAUCCGGAUUAUGAACUUUAUCAUUCAGAGAAAUGGUCAAGUGUCCCCCAUGAGGUCUUACGCCAGAAGACACGCUCAGUCCGAUGUGAUUCUUGAUGGCAUGUUGGAACAUCUAGAACACACGUGUCAUGGAGAAUCAUGGGUGAAGUACCUGGUGAAGCUUAGGAAGGACGAGUUUGAGUUUUUCCGCGCUCAGGAGACGCUGGACCCCGUCAGGAACAGCUUGAAUCUGUCUGAAUGUCGUGUCUCGUCCAGCGAUGAUAAAGAUUCUCCGAUCUUCACGUUACAAGGCGGCGGGAGUAGCUUCACAUUCCGAAUUCCCAUGAACGAGCAGACCAGGAACCCCUGCCAGAGUCUGAGCAUGCGCGAUGACUGGGUCUCCCUCCUGCAGGAGCACUGCGCCCAGGAACUGGCAAGUCCUCUGCUCAGUCCCGGGGUAAAGCCAUUUCACAUGAAGGGCCAUGAAAAAGAGCAACAGCCCCCAAAACAAGACUCCUCUACAACUUACAAGAUGGAGGAUGCCUCCAAAUCUACAAAUGAUAUGAAAUAUGAAAGACUUAUCCCAUAUACGACCCAGCAGGAGACCCUCGACCCUGCUGCAAACGUUCCUCUGUCUCCAACAUACCUUAUGAUUUCCAAACCGACCCCACCACCACCACUGCCGCCCCCACAUGUCCGUGGAAAGCUACCAAAAACACCACAGAGGGCCAAAGCCUUCCACUGGGACAGAGUGCCCCAAGAAAAGAUUAGUAAAUCCAUGUGGGCUGCGCAGAACCAGAAGAGGAUUGAUUGGCAAAGGAUUCUGGAUCAUUUCCAGAGUCAGGAAACGGGGAUUCCCUAUGAAAACUCCGACUUCACAAAACAGCAAAACAUCCUCUUAGAUAAUAAAAUUGCGCACAAUUUCAAUAUCGUUCUGAAAAGUUUCCACGUGGACCCCACGGAGCUCACAGAAAAAUUAUUAAUUUUACACGAACGUGACGGAGGUUUGAAGGACAAACACUUGGUAAAUCUAAGAAGGUAUGUCCCUUCGCCGAAAGAUAAAAAUAUGUAUCUAAGUUUUAAAGGGUCUCCCUCUGAAUUGCACAUCGUCGAUCGGUUCAUGCUGGAGAUGUGCAAAAUCCCCGACCUGUGUCAGAGACUGGACACUAUCAUCUCCGUCCGGGAGCUGCCGGCGUACAUGGACGAUCUGCAAAAGCUUCUCUCCCAGAAAAUCAAAGCAUGUGAUCAGCUGCUGAAAAGCCAGGCUUUUAAAGGCGUUCUCCAUUAUGUAUUGGCCAUCGGUAACUGUCUGAAUGAAAAUGCUGGCAAAGAGAAAGCAAAGGGGUUUCGAUUAGCGUCUCUGAUAAAAAUGUCCCAGCUCGUAAGCAGAGAGAAGAAGUUCACCUUGCUACAUGCCCUUGUGGAGCAGAUCUUGUUACAGGAGCCUCAUUUGGCCAAGUUUCCUCAAGAGUUGACAGAAUUUGAAGCUGUUCCUGGUGCUUCCGUCAAAGGUCUUAAUGCGGAGGUGGAAGUUUUAGCCAAGGAACUGGAAAAAAUUGAUCAAUAUCAGAAAACAUUCAAGAGUAAACAUAGCAAAGGAUCAAUCAGCGAGAGCCAGUUCCUGAAGGAUCUUAAGAAUGUGCUGAUAAACUAUGGGGAGGAAUCCGACAAACUGGCUAAAAGGGCCAGCGAACUAAAGAAGAUCUACGCCGAUGUUCUGCACACGUUCGCGGAGGCCGAUGAGCAGGACUCCCAGGAGCUGUUUGGCUGGAUCUCCACUUUUCUGAAGGAAUUUCAGGGUGCGCUCCUGCAACCAGGGACUGAAAAUAUCUAACAAUCUGCAAAACGGGGGAUUCGGCAGAUAAUUCAACAUAAUAUCUCACAAAAAUGUUUAAAAUGCUAUUCGUUUUUUGCUAACGUCUCAAUCAUGUGGCAAACUCUUUUGCCCCUUCAAGCCAGAGCUUUACCUUUAAGCUCAUUUUCCAUUUUUUAAUCUAUUACUUUUUUUCCUGCUUUUUUGAGGAUUUUUUUAAAAAAUAAUGUCUAACACGCACCCCCACUCGCCCCUUCCACCUAUUAUCAUUUAUAUUCUAAUAUCAUUUGUUUUUUGUAAAUCAAAUUCUUCAAAGAACUCCCGAAGCAGCAAAGAUUUACUUAUUUUUCUUGUUUAUGUCAAACAUGAAAUAAACAAUGUGCAAAACCCCA